AUGUCGCCCACGGCAGCGGAGGUCACCGUGUCCGCCGCCGCCGCCACGACGGUCGCCACCAAGUGCCACAUGUUCAAGAUCGAGGGCUACAAAAGGAUCAAGACCAUGUACGCCAACGGCCGGAGCAUCGACUCAUGCGGCUUUGAGGCGGCAGGCCGCAAGUGGAGGAUCCAGUUCUUCCCCAACGGGGAUCGCUUGGUGAACGCCGGCUUCGUCUCGAUCAUCCUCAAGCUCGAAGACGACGCGACCGCCGCCGCCGGGAAGGAUAAUAAAGAUAUCCUGGUCGAGUACCGGUUCUCCUUGGUGUGUCACCGCGACAAGCCGGUGCGCCGGACACACGACGAGACCUACACCGCCACCUUCAACAAGGCCCGAAAGGCCUUCGGUUGCGGCCAGUUCCUCAGCCGGGAUUACCUGGAGAAGUCGGAGUUCCUCAGGGAUGACUGCCUCGCCGUCCGGUGUGACAUGGCCGUCCUCGACAACCCCGUCAACGUCAAGGAGCAGGCCGCGCAGGCGCAUGACUUGGAGAGGCUGGGAGUGACCUGCGACUGCAAGGACGACAUGUGCAAGAGCUAUCACCUCAGGGGCACCACAUCCUCCUUUCGGGAGGCACUCGUGAAGCUCUUCUUGGGGUGUUUCCACGUCUGAAUGGUUUCUACAAGACGUCCCGGUAGACAUCGUAUUUUGUGUCUCAAGAACUGUUAUCUCGAAUGUUUUUCACUAGGCAAGUGUUUCCAAUUUUGUUUGAGAUCGAUCACUAAGUGUGCUACAUUAUUUAUGUAAACAUUAGAACUUCCUGACGAUCAACAAU